CACUGUGUUUAGGAGCCCUGGUUAUCGCACUAAAACAAAACAAAGCAUGCGGCCUUCGAAAUCCUGACAAAAAUGACGACUACAUUAGAAGAGCAGCUUUCAGACAAGUUGCAGAUGAUGGACGAGACCACGGAUAAGGUCCAGGGGUCGUCGAAGCAGAAGGAUGAUAGCAGUAUAGCCGCAAGUUCAGAUGCCAAGACAGCGUCCCCUUCUUCGAGCGAUAGUUCGACCAAAGUCGCCGCACCGGAGUCCGAAUUUUACAAUAAGGCACAAAAAUAUUGGUCUGAGGUACCGGCGACUGUUAACGGGAUGCUCGGCGGCCUGGGCUACAUUAGUGCCAUAGAUAUACAGGGAUCGAAUGUGUUCCUGCGCGAGAUCCGCGUGCCGGGCAACAGGUUGGCCCUCGACUGCGGAGCUGGCAUUGGUCGGGUGACUCGGAAUCUCCUGAUCCCCCGCUUCAGCUGCGUGGAUCUUGUCGAGCAGGAUCCCGCGUUUGCCGAUAAAGCACGGGAGUACUGCACUUCGGAAGACGGAAGCCGUGGAAAGGUGGGACAGAUCUAUAACGUGGGAUUGCAGAAGUUUACGCCUACGCAACAGUACGACCUCGUUUGGACCCAGUGGGUCCUGGGCCAUCUCACGGACCGCGAUCUGGUCUCGUUCUUUCGACGCAUAAAGCAGGGACUGGCGCCCGGCGCCUUCUUGUGUCUGAAGGAGAACGUGAGCAGCUCGAAGAAGACAGUGGAAGAUAGGAACGACUCGUCGGUAACGAGGCCUCUGGACAGCUAUGAACACUUCCUAAAGGAAGCCGGAUUUCGCAUUGUACGCAAGGUCAAGCAACAAAACUUUCCCAAGGGACUCUUUCCAGUGUACAUGAUAGCCUGCAAACCCGUCUCCAAGGAAUAGGUUUAGUAUUUAGUUAGUUUUACUGUUGACCUACAAGCGAUUGUACUAAAGUUAUCCGAAAAAUUUAAUGUCACAUUACUAGCUAGUCACUUCAAAUUGUAGCGUUCUAAUCAACGAAUAAACAAGCUUACAAAAGCUUGAACACGUUCCUUAAUUGAUGCCUUCAAAGUGCUUUAUUCACGGGAUAUAAACAAGAAAAACACAAUUAUUACUAAAUUAUGUUUACACAAAAAUAAUAUUUUUAUCAACCACGCGACCUCGCAAUAGUAUAGAAUGCCAACAAAUUCGUUAGUAGUAGAAAAAUCUGCUUCCUUAAGUCCCCAUUUGCCAAUUUUAAAUUAAUUCUCAUAGUGCUAUUAGCAAUUCUCUUUUCUCAAUUCAAAUGGAUUUCCUUAUCUCCAUAAAUGUUAGUCUUGAAGAUCUGGCGACAGCGGAUUGAUCAUAAGCUCAAUCUUUUGCCUGGAAACAAGAUUACUUGAAAAGUUUUUUAGGUAUAUAAUUACGUCAAAAAGAAAAU